CUGGGUUGUCGGGUGUAAUGUGUGUAGGUUUUGUUAUCUUUCAUGGAGCCGUUUGAUUGUCAGGCAUGAAAAUACUACAAUGCAGUAAGCAGUGCCUGUAUGUACGUCAUAGAUGGGCUAAGGACCAAUACGUGAUAACCGACAAAUGUGUACCUAUAGGCAAGAUAGAACUGAUAGGGCCUCAUAUGCAAUGUAGUAAUCACAUUGGUCGGGACAACUAAACCCAUCAGGUGCUGCCCUUCACCUGUUUGUCCAAUCGUGUGAUGUCCAGUAAACUGGACUCGGACAUACUACAUUAGGUCCUAUCAGUACUACACAUCUGUUGGCUGGACUGACCUGAGUAGUAACCAUUGGUUGGGAGACUGACCUUGAUCAGACUAAGACUAGCCUGUCUUGUACUGGUCAGACUUGUUAUAGUGAUGAAUCUUUGACACAUUGACAACCGGGACAUCGGUCAUCAUUACCUGGGAGUAGGUGAACUCUGGAUAUAUGAGUGUAUGUAGCCGUAUGGUCAGCUAGCAUAUGUGACUGACCCAAGGGUCAAAAGUGUGCUAAUGACUUGGUCAGUGUAUUCCCUUACACCUAGGGAUUAUAAUCUGCUGCAAGAGAAGGAAACAAUGUUAUAUUUUUUCUGUCAGUAAGAAUAUACCUUUGUUUCUUAUGUCAACAAAGAGAAAGUGUAAGGAAACUUAAGAUACAUUCUGUAAGCAAAGAUCCGGAAUUGUGGAGGUCAACGGAAUAACAGUGGCUGCACUUACGUUGGAGUAGAUGUGCAGUGCUGAGGUAUCCAGUGUUAUAGAGUGUGCCAACACUUUGGAGGGAUCUCUAGAUCACAGGAGGCAUACAGUAUCUUGUGGCAUCUUAGGCGAUGUCCAGAUGAAAUCCAAGCUGGAAUGCUACCCAGAACGCCGGACUAAUGCUGUGGCUGUGUCUGAUCUCAAGCUCUUGGACAAGGUAUCGUCCAAAGACUACAAAAUACGAUGGGGAUCCAGAUUUCAAAGUUUGCAUAAAACAAGACGACGCCAUCGUCCAAUCCUUAAAAUGACACAAGCCAGUAACUCGUUGUUGGACCAGCUGUAUAGCAAACAAGCACAGUGCUUGAUGACCAAACUAGACUGCUGGAGUGUGAACAUGUUUCAUCUGGAUAUAAUAACGUGUGGUCGACCGCUGUUCCAUGUUGCUUUCCACCUGUUCCAGCAUUACAACCUGAUAGAGACAUUCAGUCUGGAUCCUAUGAAGCUGCUGAGAACAUUUUCAUUGAUUGAGGAGGGUUACCAUGACAACAAUCCCUACCACAAUGCUGUUCAUGCGGCUGAUGUAACCCAAGCCAUUCACUGUUACCUUCAGGAGAAACAGCUACAGAAUACUAUACCUCCUUUUGAAAUCAUGACCUGCUUACUGGCUGCUAUGACACACGACCUUGAUCAUCCAGGGGUCAAUCAAGCGUUCCUCAUAGCAACAGCCAAUCAUCUUGCUGCAUUAUAUGAAAACACGUCUGUGCUGGAGAACCAUCACUGGAGGUCAGCUAUUGGAGUCCUUCACGAGACUGGAUUGUUAAGUCACUUCAGUUCCAUGGAAUGGGAGAGAUUGGAAUCACAAAUAAAGUCACUUAUACUGGCCACCGAUAUAACACGUCAACAAGAGUUUUUGACACGAUUUAAGAGAUACCUAGAUAGUGGAGACUAUGACUCGGCCAGAAAUCCAUCACAUCAACAUUUCAUGUUACAGAUAGCUCUAAAGUGUGCAGACAUUUCCAACCCGUGUCGUUUAUGGGACAUCAGCCGUAAGUGGAGCGACCAUGUUUGUGAGGAGUUUUUCCGACAGGGAGACUAUGAGCAGCGCCUUCACAUCCCUGUCACACCAAUGUGUGAUCGAAAAUCUACCACAGUCGCCAAAAUACAAGCAGGUUUUAUAGAAUUUGUAGUAAAUCCUUUGUUUCAAGAAUGGCACCGGUUUCUUCCAACGAAGCUCAGUGAGUCAAUGUUACGCAACUUGAAGUCAAAUCAAGCGCAAUGGAAAGAGAUUAUUAAAGAGGAAUCAGAAAAAAAUAAGGUGGAAAUUCAGGAGGACCUGGUAGAGGAAGCAAAGGAGGAGGCGGAGGAGGAGGAAGAAGAAGUUAACAACAACAGUGAUGAGGAAAAUGACUUUGUGCAGGAAGCACGCUUACCUCUAACCUUCACUCAUCUGGUGAAUGAAGAUGAGUGUGGUUCAUCCGGUACAGAAAGUAGGCGGGGCAGUUGUCGUAGUCUGUCCCCGUUGCGUGAAAUUCCUGAGAAUCAUUGGAACCCAGAGAUACGCAGACACAGUAUGCCUCCUGUAUAUUUACAGAAGGAAAUUACAUGUGUGACUAUUCGUCGAGAAAGUCUACCUCAUACUCAAUACAUUCGACGACGUAGCCUCCCAACGGCCAUGAUAUUACACACUACCUCAUUGGACAGACUCCUGGGAAAAUUGUCUCCCUUUCCUUCACCAGCAGAGAUUGGGGACAGAUGCGUCUCUAUCGACUCGCUUAUAACUCAGCCUAAGAUCUCUAACCUUAGUCCAAGUUUUGAAGCCAGUAGACUUUUCAGUGGUCUGUCUUUAUCCUCGGAACUUGGGUCUGUAAAGGGUUCCACUGGUUCUGUGAAAUUUGUUGGUGCCCCAAAUUUGCUGAGUAGUCGGACUACUCCGAACUGGGGAUAUAAAGGACCACAGUUAGGGAAGCCUGAUAAUACUAGUCAUACAUUCCAUUCUCAACUAUUAUCAACUGGAGCUUCCCAGGGUGCUGAGGGUGUUGCUCAAGGGGAGACAACUGUUAUUUCGCCUGUGUCUUUCAACUGUGUAGGUGCUUUUUCCGGUAAUGACCGACAGGUCUCUAGUAGUGUUUCUAAUACAGAUAGAGAAUUACUUGGGGGGUCAUCACUGGGAUACAGUAAAACAUCAUCAGCUAUUGACAGGGUAAAACUAUCUCCAAAUACGGAGCCCAUCAAAUCAAAGGACGUUUCUAAACAUAUACCAGGUACAAUUGCAUAGCAAUAGUAUUUAUAAUGUUUCCUAUUCUUAGUUGUAGGGCCUACUAAAGUAUAUUAUAAUUGUACUAGUCUAAUAUAUGCUGCUUCAUAAAAUAUGGAGUGGUACUGUUUCUUUACAUUGUUGGUUUAACAUUCAAAUUAUUUUAUUUUAUUUUAUUCAUAUCAUUAAUAUGGAAUGCAAUGAAAUACUAUAUUUAUUAUGUUAGAUGCUUCUUUGGGCUAACAAAUUUCGAAAGGAGGCAUUGACCAAUAUGGAAUAAUCCUUAACCAAUGAACAAGCUAAAUACUAUUAGAGAUUUAUUAAUUAUCAUAUUAAUACUAAAAUUCAUUACAUUUAUUGAGUUGGAUUUAUCAUUUCCACAGCAUGAAUAUGUUGAUAAUGUUUUAGUGGGGAUACAAGCAAAAUGUGGGAUUUGUUAGGGAGAUAACAUUUGAUAGAAUUAACAGGAUGUAGCCUUUCUUGAGUGAUAUUGUACGUAAAGGCUUAAUGAUAGGAAGUGUCCUGCUGUAACAGUACAAAUUCACUGUGAUUUACCUGAUCAAUGUUGUAACGCUGUUGUCGUUAACCUCAAUAAUUGUUUUCGAGACAAGCUUCAGUGCCAAGUAGCAUGGUUAGCUUAACAGUUUACACAUUCGUUUUGUCUAGUUUAGUUUCAAACUAAAUUAACACAUUUAGGGAUUCAAAACUACUAUUUGAAGUCAAAUACAGAAAAAGUGUGCAAAUUAUCCAGAUUUUCUUUAUAUAAAAAAAGGAGUUUUUAAAACAAUGCAUUAAAAUUUAAAAGCCUUUUGGGGAUUUUACAGUAUUCGUCUCUGCAGACAAUGUUUAAAGAAGUACACAUGUAUUUAAAAAUUUGAAUUCACUAAUUUUAGCUUGAAUUAUCCAAGCUUUAGCAACUUACUUUUAAAAAUGUGACUUCCCUUAACUGGAGCCUGAAUUAUCUGUUUCUUUUAAGGAUCCUCAUACCAUUUCCUUAAACUGUUACAGUGUAUUAGAAACUUUUUUUUUUCAAUUUUCGUCAUGAUUAAAGCUUUGACUAAUCAUUAAUGAAAAGAAAAACAUAUAUUAAGAAAAAAUAAUAAAGAUGAGAUAAAUAAAAUGUAAUCAACAGUAUUGUUCUGCGGUGAAAAUUCAAUGUGGCUUUACCAGGAUUUGAACCUAGACCUUACGUUGUUAUACUGUUACACUCACCAACUGAGCUAUCUGGUCAACAGAAAUACUAAGGCCUCACUGUGCUACACUUAUAUACAAAAAUGAAAUUAAGGGGAGAUUACUGUAAUAACGAGGAAACAGGGUGAAGUCUCUAUGUGUUUUGCCUAUGGCGGGACAAAGAUCCUAAACAAAUAAUUUUGUUGUGACAUCUAUUCUCUUUUAAGAAGAUCGAGUUUCACUCUUUGAAACUUGGGACAAAAAAAGAUUGAUGGAUAAUUUUGAAUUGGUUUAUUCCUUGAUGACAGAAUUGAAAGGUACAUAAGAAUGUAUACACUAAUGUUAAGCUAGGGUAGUCAUGAUUUCUAUUACCGUAGAUAAAUGAUUACUAAAAAACCAAAGAGCUAUAUGACUAUAAAAAAGUAUUGAUUUGUAAAAAAUACCAAGAAAAUGAUUUCUUGAUCAUCAGUUAUGAACAAUCAAUUUCAGUUAUGUAGAAUUAUUGUAUCAAUCAUAUAAUAAAAUAUUUAGACGAUAAAGUUUUAUAAUAUAUUUUACUGUUACAAACUUAUGUAGAUUUCUAUAUAUAGACUUUCUCAUUAGAGAUGUAGAACUUUGUGAUGUAAACCAGAGGAUAUUUCUUUUAAAAGAGCAUUUUAUCAUUUAUCUAAGAAACAUAUUAUUGUCACAGAAAUGUAUUGAUUCAAGAAGAAAAAAAGGUAGAUGUAUUAUUGAUGGUGUAACUGUUAACUGGGUUUGAAAAAAACAUUUUGAUCGUACACAAUGUUUCAUUAAUAAGACUUUUUAUACCACUAAUGACAAACUUAGUGACAUGUUAAUAAGUCCGUAAUAUUCAUCAUCAUAGUUACUGGUGUUUAUUUGAAAAAGGUGUCUCGUAAUCUACUGGCAUAAGAACGAUGUAUCCAAACUUCCCGAAUUUCAUUUUUUCCCUUCAAAUUCAUCAUUAGAAACAUAAUUUAUGAUCUAGACAUGCUCAAUUUAUUUUUUCUUGUGUUUUUUUUUCAAAUGAGAUUUAAGAUUUAAAUUACAGACAGCAAAAUAAUAUUUGUUGAUUAAAUCAUUGCGAUACGGGUUCUAACAGACAUAGUUCUGGUAGAUUUUGUACACAUGUAUAAAUAAGUACAUAAAGUGACAACUUUUUCAAAAACAGCUACGUUUUUUUCAAAAAUAAUACAAGUGUGAAAUGUAAUAAUGUUAUACAUGUAUUACACAUCAUCAAUGCACAAGGCGAAGGUGUCUGCCAAUUUAAUAUGGUGGAUUUCUGCUUUUUCUUUGUUUUUUGAAAAGAAAUCCAUAAAAUACAAAAUUCUUUUUUUUCUUUUUCUUUUCUAUGGUGAUUAAACCAAAGGCGAUGCAUGUUAAAAGAUUUGUGGAUUUCUGUAGAAUCCAUUUUCAAAUCAUUGGAUACUUUUUUGUCUGGGUUAUUACAUUAAUAAAAAAAAACUUAUUGAAAUAUGAAAGUAAAUAAUAUUUCUACAAAUGAACAAACAAAACAUAAGUUUGAAAAAAGUAUGAAACGUUAACAGAAGACCAGUAUGAAAUAAUGUACAUCACCGGUAAUGAAAGUACAAUGGCGACAAUUUAUUCAGAUAUGUUGAUCAAAAUUGGGAAUUUGCCAUGUGGUCAAUUUUGUAUCUCCAAUUUGGAUAGUAAAUAAAUGUUUGUGUUCAAUUCUGAUAAAAAAAAACAAUCAAUACACCUGGUAUAUUUGUGAUGUGAUCAGGAUGUGACCUCGUUGCAUUCUUAAUAUUUCAUCAAACAAUCAUGCUUUAUUUUUAUAGAUUUAUUUGAUCAUAGAUUAGUACAGGUAAACAAACAGCAUUAUCUAGUCCAUAACUAUAUAUAUAUAGCAUACUGGCAAAGUCUCCAUAGUGUGGAGGGCGACUCAAACAUCAGCGAAAUAUCGUAACUCUUGCUUUUUGCUCAAAAUCCAUCAAUUUGAUGCAACAGAGAACACUUAAACUACAGCAUUUUAUGCUUCUGUUUUGUUCAUCUAUGACAAAAUCAAAUGAAACAUAGAACUUCUGAUAUACAAAUAUGUAACUCUAUGAUUAAUGAAAUAUAUAUCGUUUUUUACUACAUCUUCGAAAAUACAAUAUUAAAGAUACAAGUAAAGCUCUUUUAUUUGUCGAAUACAGUUGAUCAUGCAAGGAAAAGAUAUUACACAUAUGUAAGAGUUAUGGUUUAAUUUAAUAUAUGAAGUAAAUGAAGUUGUAUGCUAUUUAUAAGUUUUACUAAUUGAUGAAGCUCGACUUGCUUCGUAUUAAAUACAUGUUGUGUUUUAAGUGUGUAAAGUUAACAAACUUUGUACAUGUGUAUUAUGUUGAAUGUUUAAAUGAAUGUUGAAGUAAUAUGUAGGACAUAUCAUGUUAACGGUAAUCUUAGUUGAAAUAUUGUACUGUUACACAGGUCUGAACAGAUUCUGUAUGAUGUGUUAUAUAAUACCAAGUCUAUUCUGUAGAAUGGCUUACUGGCCAAUAGUCCGUUCAAUUGUCCGUUCAAUUUUCAAUCAAUUUUCAAAAAGAUUGUUUUAGGGGGAAUAUGUUUAAAAAAUAUUAAUUUUAUUCGCACUUGUUUUACCAAAUUCAUGAAUUACAUGAAAUACAUAU